GGCAUGUGGAUUCAUGUGGAGAAACAGGGUGAAAUAUGCAUCUCACUCAUUUUAAUGGUCAGCAGUGUAAAUGUCAAUAUAUGAGCUAGCAACUCUAGGCUCCGUUUUUGGUCAGAGGAAAAAAUGGUCAUUUUUGAAGGUGUGAUUCACCUGAUCAAUUUUAGACACUUUAGGAUGAUCUGCCUUAACAGCUAUUAGAUGCACUGGCUAGAUCUCCAUCGGUUGUAAAGGAGAGUGACUAUCUUAAGUACUGAUGCCUAAUUUAGUUCUGGUCCUGCAGAAAAGCUGGAGGCCCUUCUGAAAUUUAGAGUGAAACAGAGCAGUGAGAGAGUUUUGGUGACUGUCAUUUUUGAAAGAAGAAGUAGUUAGACCUCAUGUCUGCCUUACUGGCUGGGAGACAGCGUCUGAUCAUAUCUCACUGCACUGAGGAGGGCUGCGAGCAGAGUAGAACAGAGUCAUUUAUCUAGCACUGAAAUCAGUACAUUCCAGGUGAAGGAUGACGGGAAGUAGCACUGAACGAUAGCUCCAUAGACUGCUCAGCUAUGCGCUGGCUACAUCUGUUUAGUCAAAGUCCUUUAUUACCUCUAGCUCUCUAUGAUUUAAACGAUCGACCCUUUCAUCUCAAGACAUAUGUGAAAAACUACACUCCUAGCAACUUGAAGAACAUACAGUACAGAACGUUACUCAAACAAGAAUAUUAUUUAUUUUGUCACAAAGAUUUAAUUAACUACAUUUAAUCAGUUGUGAAUAGAGUUUUAGUUUUUAAAGCAUUUUCAGGUAACAUAAACCCAACAUUUAAUUCCAUUAAAAAUAUAAAUCCCACUAAAAAUUUUGUCUAAAUUAAAAAUCUUUAGAAUAAUAAACGGAGUCAACAAUGUGCAUUCUAUAUGCAGUUAUAGAGAGAUGCUGACUUAUAGACCAGUAGCCUUUAAAUAUGUGUAUCCAAUACUGAAGAUGCAUUUCUAAUGCUUAAUAUAUUCUAGAAUACUGCAUGCGUCAUAGCAGUCAUUUUCUCACUAAAGGCAGAAUACAAAGAGCUUUAUGGGGACCGACCAAGCACAACAACAGUUGUUGGCAGAGUGCAUUGAAAUCCAGCACAGUAACUGCAGUAAUGAAAUAGACUGAAAGGCAUAAUCCAUGAAUGGGUAAAAAAGUGAAGAAGGAAGUAGAGCCUCCACCCAAGGAUGUGUUUGAGCCUUUACUGAUUGAAAGCAAAGCAGCAGCAACAGUUGUACUAAUGCUUGAUUCUCCGGAGGAGGAAGUUUUGGCCAAAGCAUGUGAUGCUAUAUAUAAAUUUGCAUCAAAAGGUGAUGAAAACAAAGUGGCACUUCUUGGUCUUGGAGCAGUGGAACGUUUGUAUAAACUCAUCUCACAUGAAGAUCCGAUUGUACGCAGAAAUGCCAUAAUGGUAUUUGGCAUCAUGGCUUCUAAUCAUGAUGUCAAGAAGUUACUGAGGGAACUGGAUGUCACAAGUUCACUUUUGUCACACCUGGUACCAGAAGAAGAUGUGAUUAUUCAUGAAUUUGCUACUCUGUGUCUGGCACAUAUGGCUGUUGAAUAUACAACUAAAGUACAAAUAUUUGAGCAAGGUGGAUUAGAACCACUCAUAAGUCUACUAGGUAGUCCUGACCCUGAUGUUACGAAGAAUUCAGUUGAAUGUAUUUAUCUCCUGGUACAGGAGUUUCAAAGCCGUGCUGCUGUUUGUGAACUGAAUGUAAUUCCACCCUUGCUGGAUCUACUGAAAUCUGAAUAUCCAGUUAUUCAGUUGCUAGCCCUUAAAACCUUGGAAGUAAUUAGCAAAGACAGAGAAAUGAGGAUAAUAUUGGGAGAAAAUGAAGGAUUAGAUUGUCUUCUGAAGAUACUGGAAACCAAUGAAUUCAACGAUCUACACGUGGAAGCUCUUGCUGUGCUGGGAAAUUGUCUUGAAGAUGUGCAUACUAUGCAAUUGAUUCGGCAGACAGGAGGCCUUAAAAAGCUACUUUCAUUUGUUGGAGUCUCUACUGUUCCUGAUAUUCAGAAGAAUGCAGCAAAGGCAAUUGCUAAAGCAGCUUCUGAUUCUGAAAAUAGAAAAAUCUUAAAUGAGGAAGGUGUUGAGAACUGUCUCAUAAAUCUUUUGGAAAUUGAUGAUGAUGGAGUUAAAGUUGCUGCUUCCCAAGCUAUUUCUGCCAUGUGUGAGAAUUUAGCUAGCAAACGUGCAUUUGGACUCCAGGGGAUUCCCCAGCUAGUACAGUUGUUAAGCAGUGAUGAUGAAGAGGUAAAAGAAGCUGCAGUCAUAGCAUUAGCCAAUUUGACAACAGCCAGUCCUAGUAAUGCAAGUGCUGUUGCAGAAGCUGAAGGAAUCGAGCCUUUAGUAAAGAGCUUAAACGCUGAGAGACAUGGAGCCGUUGCUAAUGCUGCUACAGUGCUAACAAAUAUGGCCAUGCAAGAGCCUUUGCGCUUAAGUAUUCAGAGCCACGGCGUGAUGAGUGUGCUCACAGAGCCACUGCGUUCUUCCAGCAGCCAGGUGCAAAGCAGGGCAGCACUCACCGUGGCUGCCUUUGGUUGUGAUGCGAACGCCAGAAGUGAGUUAAGAAAUGCAGGUGGACUGGGACCACUUGUUGAGCUGCUACAUUCAAAGGACAAAGAAGUCAGAAGAAAUGCCUGUUGGGCUGUCAUGGUCUGUGCAAGUGAUGAACUAACUGCUGUUGAACUGUGCAGGCUAGGUGCGCUAGACAUCCUAGAAGAAAUUAAUCUGUCAACAGGGCGCAGAAAUAACUUCAGUGAAGCUGCUCUGGAAAGGCUACUUGAUAACAAUCUUUCCCAAAAGUACAGCCAAAUGGGAUAUUUAUCAUCAAGUAAUGUCAUUACUGAUGGAUUCUAUGAUUACGGUAAGAUAAAACCUGGUGUAAAACUUCUAUCUUUGGAGGAACUCAGUAUGCAAGAGCUCACUGACCGUCGGGCCAUAAUCUUCAUUAAUGCUAAGCCUCAAGAAGAUGUUCUUGCAAUGGAGGAAAAGCCACAACAUAUAUCUUCUGAACAGACUACCUUGUCUGUUCCUACUUCAAGGAAAAGCAGUAGAGAAAAAGUAAGAAAAGGGAAAGGGAAGAAAGAAGAGGAAAAAAUAAAAGAAGUUGUUGAGAUUAUGUCUGAAGUCCAGGAUGAAAUAAAUCUAGAAGAUGUACAGUGGCAACCACCACCUGACUUCAUGUUAAUGAAUUAUAUUAAUGAUGCUUCCAAAAUAAUUCUGCCACUCACCACUACUCGGGAGCAGGUUGUGGCUCUUGCACAGUUUGUUGCAGACAAGAUGGGUGGUGCAAUUGAAAGAGACAAACUGCACGAUUUCAGCUGGGAGCUUCACAUAAGUGAAAUAGAAUUUGAACUGAAAUCCAACAUUGUGCCUAUUGGGAAAGUAAAAAAAGGAACAUUUUACCACAGGGCUUUACUUUUCAAGGUGAUAGCAGACAGACUUGGAAUUGGCUGUAGUUUAGUUCGUGGCGAGUAUAACAGAGCUUGGAAUGAAGUUAAAUUGGUUGAUGACUCUCCUCAAGGAGUAACUGGGCUUCUGCUUCCUCCUCAAGAGUAUAUUGUAGAUCUAAUGUUUGUGCCAGGCUUUCUGAUGAAACAAGAAAGUGUAGAGGCUGAUCAGUACAAACAUAUUUAAUCACACUCAAAUUUCUCAAAAAUAAGCAUUUUAAGAUGAUGACAUGCUAUUAUUUAUGCAACAAAAGGGGGUUGUGGUCCAGCUAUCCAAAGAAAAAGCAUAUAUUUCUGCAGUCAUUUGCUGAAAGAUGUUCUUCAUUUUCUGAGAAUUCACUUUAGAUAUCUGCAUUUGGUAUGUUGUCCUAAACAUCUAAUUAAACUUAUUUUACAUAGCCAACCUCAGUUCUUAGAAAUUAGGGAGGGAGUGGAGGCCAUUGAUGUUGGUACUAUUUUAAGACUAAGAUUAAAAUUUAGUAGAUCAAGAAUAUUUGAUAUAUUGUGCUUAUUAAAUAGGUUUAAAUUAUUUCCAAACUACAUUUUUUUUUCUUAUGGUCCUUCAACAGCUUACUUUCUGCCUCUGGGGAAAACAUCCCAUUUGUAUUUCUUGGAAUUUGCCAUAAUUAUGGAUAAUAUACUCUAGGUAAAAGUAAAUACUGUUCGUUCUGGCACAGAGAAGGCAGAUGAUUGAUAAGUUAUUGCUUGCAAUCUCCCUUUAAUUUCUAACUGUAAGGAUUCUAUGAUUCUACGAUUUCUACCUUUCUAAUAAAUAUGAACCAGCAAAGCAGCAGACUGAA